AUGGAUAGCUGUUUUCCAUCGUAUUAUAAUUCCUAUGGUUCGCAAUUUUACGAAGUUACAAGCCUACCAGAGUUUAAAAGAAUUGAAAAUGAAAUAAAACAAAAAACAAUUUCAUUGUCUAAAAAAAAUGAUAAAGAUGAAUUUAGGAAAGGAUGCCUAAAUUUGGCUGAUUAUCUAAUUUCGAAAAAUAAUCCACCACGAUAUUAUGAAGAUUAUAAAGUAACGUGGAAAGGAUCAUUAAACAAUAAGUUAAGUGGUUACUACAAAAAUCUAGGGAAACAUGGAGGAUGCCCUUUGAUUUUAGAGAAAGAAGAUAAAAAAAUUUUACAAUUAAAUUAUGAAGAAAUAGAUUUCUGUGAAAAGAAAAAGAGAGAUAUUGAAAAAAUAAAUCAGUUAGGUAAUAUAUCAAAGGAUUCUGAUACAUAUAGAAGUAUGUGUAACGCAUAUAACGAAUGGAUUGAACAGAAAAAGAAAUAUUUUGAGGACAAAAAAAGCUCUUUUAAAAAAUGCUAUAGAACAAAAGGCCAAAAAAAAAAAACAAAAGGUAGUUCGGAAUUUAUAUGCGACCUAAUGAAUCCUCAAACAUUCCAUAGAAUAUCUGACUGCCAAGCCCCAAAUAAAUUAUCACCUCGCGAAGCUGUAUCUGAAAGUACACAAAAAGGUUUAAAAAGUCAAGAUCAGGAAGUAUCUAAAGCUUCGAUUACAACCACAGUUCCAUCAGAUCAGGGACAUCUAACAAAAAUUUCAGAGAAUGCCGAAGAUAAAGAAAUAUCUCCAGAUUCCCAGGAAAUUCAGAAGGAACUUCAAUCCACACCUCCACAAGAACUUCAUUCAAACGUUCAAAUAUCAACAUCUGAAACUACAGCUAUGGGAAGUGAAUCUACUUCUACGGGGGAUACGCCAGUUACACCAUUACAAUAUACCAUAGAUUCUGAAGCUCCACGUCCAGAAUCAUCAACAUUUUAUAAACUACCUGAUCGAGAUUCUCAAUCCUCAGAAAUACCCAUUGACGCUGAAAUUGUUCAAUCACCUGGAGUGUCAAGGAAUGAUUCUCUUCCUUCUGUUUUACCUGCAUCCUCUAAAAUACUAGGUCCAGCAAAAAAUCCACAUAACAACAGCAUAUCAUUAAUAUUAACAAGCAUUCUAGUUAUCAUUAUAUUUACCAUUUUCAUAAAAUAUGCUUUAAUAGGAAGGUUAAAAAAAAAAAAAAAGAUAAAAAGAAGACAAAUGAAAUUUCUAAGAAUACUGAUACCUUCACUUUAUGACAAAAAAAGUAAAUUUUUAACACAUUAUCAUACAGAAAGCCUACUACAUGAUGAAGAAAGUAUCAUAAAAAAACUGAAAAUAUAUGAACACGACAUAAAAAAUUUAAACAUACAAAAGCAAAAAAAGGAUAGAUUUAAAACCAUUAUAGAAGUACAUAUGGAAGUACUAGAAGAAUUCAGAAAUGAAGAAUGGGAACACAAAAAAGGAGAAUUUUUAGAGUUAUGCCUAGAAAUGUUCGCAGAAGAGGAAUAUAGAACAUAUCCUAAUUUGAGUAAUGGAGAACUGAUAAUGGAAAAUACUAAAAGUAUUAAUGACAUUGAAAAACAAAAAAUUUUAUGCAAUAAAUGGAUAAAAGAACAUAGAAACAUUUCUGAAAAAUUAAAAAAAACAGUAUGGUUUAAUUACUUGAAAAAUGAAUGGAAAAAAGAAAAGGAUUUCAUAAAAAAUAGCGAAAAAUUAAAAGUGAAUUUUUCAAAUAAAAUUCAAAAAGAUUCAUUUUCAGGAGGAGAAAAGGAUUUAUGGAGAGAGUGGAUAUCAAAAAAUCGUAUGAUUAUAGAUCGAUACUUGGAACAGGAAUGGGAUGAAGAAAUGACACAAGAAUUGCUCAAUACGAUAGAUGAGCUUGUAAAUGAAAAAAUUAAAAAUAAUACUAUACUACUAAAUACAGAAGAAUUGCAGCAGAAGGUAAGUUAUGAUGAAUUAUAUAAAUAUAUAAAAAAAAAAUUACUAGCGAAAUUGUGCAUACUAGUAUUCAUGAUGGUAUUGGAAGAAUGCAAAAAAGAAGAUUUUAUAGAAAAUGAAGAAUUACGUUUGGAUAGUUACAUAAAUGACUGGACAACAGAAGUAAACUUAGGGAGAAAAUCAGAUGUUACAAAAGAAAUAAUUGAAUUUAAUGACAAUGUUUUAGAAAAUACAGAAAAUACAAAAAUUCCUGCUUAUACAGGGAAGGAAGGUCUUAGCCAUGAAAUAGAAAAAUGGGUAAGAGUAGAAGAUACACCGGAGAAUUCCAUAUAUAACGAGAAUAUAGUAGAAUAA